AUUGGGUAAGUGAAUUAGAAGCCAUGUGCCUCCCUUCCUCUUUCACUGUGCCUUUUUGCCAGUCUGACUGACAUCAGGAGCAACCCGACUAACUGCUGUUUCAGUCAAGAUGUUCCUGUACUGCUGGCUGGCUCUGGGGGCUUUAAUCCCUAUGACUUUAAGCACCGAUCCCGGGGUAAAGGUCAAGCUAACAGCAAAAGGCCUUGAAUAUAGCAGACAACUGGGGAUGGCUUCGAUCCAGCAGAGACUCAAAACCAUCAAAGUCCCGGAUAUUUCUGGGAAACAGAAGGUGUCUCCCAUUGGCAACGUCCACUACACCCUGUCAAAUAUGCAAAUAGAGAAUGUGGGAUUACCAAAGUCUGCAUUGGAUCUAGUGCCAGGGACUGGUGUCAGACUCUCCAUUGGUAACGCCUUCAUUAGUCUGCGCGGAGACUGGAAGGUGAAGUACCUCCGAAUAAUCAAGGACAGCGGAUCUUUUGAUUUGAAUGUCAAGGACCUCACAAUCACUACAAGCAUUGCCAUCAACAGUGACGAGACAGGCCGCCCUACGGUCAGUAGCAUGAGCUGUGCAGCAACUGUCGGCAGUGCGAGCAUCAAAUUCCACGGCGGAGCCAGCUGGCUGUACAAUCUCUUCAAAACCUUUAUUGAUAAGGCUCUACGAAAUGCAAUGCAGAAACAGAUCUGCCCUCUGGUGGCUGAUGCAGUGUCUGAUCUGAACCCUCAGCUGAAAACUCUCAAUGUUGUAGCCAAGGUGGACCAGUAUGCAGAGAUUGAAUACUCCAUGGUGUCAUCUCCUACAGUGUCAAACACUUCAAUAGACUUCAGCUUAAGGGGUGAAUUUUACAACAUCGGAAAGCAUCAGGAGCCUCCGUUCUCCCCCACAGCCUUUUCUCUGCCGCCUAUGAUAAACAACAUGAUGUACAUCGGCCUGUCUGCCUUCACCACCAACUCUGCAGCCUUCGUCUACAACAAAGCUGGACUCCUCAGCCUGUACAUCACUGACGACAUGAUACCAAAAAGCUCUCCCAUCCGACUCAGCACAAGGACGUUUGGAGCGUUCAUCCCGCAGCUAGCCAAGCUUUUUCCAGGUCUAAUGAUGAAACUGCUGGUGAAGACGGUGAAAAAUCCCGUCAUCACUUUUGGACCCAGCAAUGUGACAGUUCAAGCUUCUGGCACAGUGACUGCCUACGCUAUACAACCCAACGCCACACUGUCCCCUCUCUUUGUCCUGAACUUGGAGACCAGUGUCAGCGCCAAAGUGUUUGUCAGUGGAAUGAAGCUGGCUGGAGCUGUCGGCCUAAAUGCAAUGGAUCUGACCCUGGGGACAAGUUACGUGGGAGAUUUUCAGGUCAAAUCCCUCGACAAAAUUCUCCAAAUGGUCCUAAAAGUGGUUGUGAUACCGAAACUAAAUGCACAACUUGAAAAGGGAUACCCACUUCCUACUCUUGGAAAGAUGAAGCUUGUGAACACCCAGCUGCAGGUCAUGAAGGACUAUAUGCUGAUCGGGACAGAUGUUCAGUUCUUGGGAUGAAUGGCCUCUCUGGAAACUCACAGGAUUAAAAGUUUAAUUACCUGGCAGAGAAAUUUCAAAGAAAAACAAACAGAAUAAUCUCAAGGUAUUACUUCCCCCACAACCCUGAGAAAUGCAGAUCUCAUUUUUGCAUGUAAUAUUAAAUGUCAGUUUUAUAACUUUA